AGUUGUGCAUAGCACUAGCAUGGAUCUUUAGGUAGUUAUAUAUAUUAUUGAUAGAUUGUGGUUCCAAAGUAUAAUUUACCAGCAACAUAGGGUUCGUUAAACAAAUACUAGCUACAAGUCAACAAUAAACCAUCAUGUAUCAAUCAUCUCAAUAUUUUAUUUCACGACAAUUAUUAAUCAUCUCAAUAAAAUAAGACACAUUGUAGUAAAAAAAAAAAAAAAAAAAACAAAACAUUAUAUGUCGGAAAACCACCCUAGUUUAAAAAUCUCUCAACUUUCCAGUUUCCCGGCGAAAACCCAGAUGGCUCACGACGGUAACGGCGAUAACAACAAUGACCCAUUACACCAAUACCUGUUACCAUUACCGGAGAACAACGACGUCAUGCCAAUGACUCCAUCAGAAUUCAAAAACCGAUUACUCUUCGGCCCAUUCUCUCCGUCAUCUUCCAAUUCCACAGACCUCCUUAUCCCACCAACGGGACCUAAUAAACUAACCCGGAAACCUAAAUCUUCCCACAAUCUCCACCGGUCUAAAACAGCUCCUGCUAUGGCUGCAAUCAACGAUGUAUCUCACCCAAAUGAUCAGAGAACAGAGCAAUCAAAUUCGAAAUCCAUUGUAAGACAAGCUCUUGCUUUGUUCGUUGUGUAUCUCUCUGUAGGUGUGCUUAUCUAUUGGCUGAAUCGAGAUAACGACAAUGUGAAUCAGACUCAUCUUGUUGUUGUUGCUCUGUACUUUUGUAUUGUAGCAAUGUGUGGAGUUUUAAUUGUGCAUUUUGUUGAGAAAAUCGGGUGCUUGGAUUCGUUUUAUUUCUCGGUUAUGAUGGUUACAACAGUUGGGUAUGGUGACCAGGCUUUUAAUACAUGGCCCGGUACGCUUCUUGCUGCGAUUUGGUUGCUUGUGUCUACUUUAGCUAUUGCUCGAGCGUUUUUUUAGUUGGCUAAAGCAAGAGUUGAUAAGAGGAAUAGAGAGCGGGCCAAGAAAGUGCUUGGUGAAACCAUGACCAUCUCUGAGUUCUUUGCUGUAGAUAUUGACAACAAUGGUUGCUUGAGUUUAGCAGAGUAUACAAUAUACAAACUAGAGCAGAUGGAGAAAAUAACUCAGGAUACUAUACAAAUUUGUAACCAGUUUAACAAGCUUGACCAAACCGAUAGUGGAACGAUCACUCUUUUAGAUCUCAUGCAAACCAGCACCGGUGAUUUAUCCACUGCGAUUUCUGUUUAGUUAACACACAUUACAACAUGCAUAUGAUUGAAGAUGACAAUGGGAAAUCCGUGGUUUUCGGUUUAGUUGAUCCAUUUUAAAAUUUGUUUUUUCUUGCCCUUUUCUUAUGGCAGAAAUUGUCACCUUCUCUCCCAAGAUGAUGAUGAGCAUAAAGAAGUUUGAUUUUCGUGUUUCCUUUGGUGGAUUUCGGUUUGAUGGCUAGGAUCAAGAGUUAUAUGUUUCUUUCAUGUGUAUGUAUUAUGAUUGACUCCGGUUUGAAUUUUUUUAGAAAGAGUGUUAAUGUAAAUGUAAAGAUUUGAUAUUUGUUUUUAACAAAAACAAAAAAAGAUUUGAUAUUUGUUACUCC